AUGGUAUUUGCUUCCACGUCCGCCCCCGAGGACGCGUCUGAGACGCCCGUCACCAAGUCAACGCCCACCACCACCGAGUCGCUCCCGGCUGGCAUCCUACGUUACGCCCACCGGCUGCGCUUCAUGACCACUACGGCGGCAGAGAUGGCGACUCUAGAUGUACGGCCAGCCCUCGCCUACCGCACUCGCACCUUCAGCUCUGCACCCGAGUGA